AUGGCUGGCGACGUCCCUGCUUUGACUGCUUCACGUUACCUCCGUUCGCCCUCCCUCUCUGAUCUCCCUGACAACGUCGCCCCGCUACAGUCGCUAACCCUGUCGCAACCCGACUCGCAGUCGCAGGAGCCGGCGCCGGCGCCGCCAGAAUUGUCAGCGCAGCUGCUCCAACAGAACCACAAUGAGGCGAUGCGGGCGCGAUAUGGGAAUGGCGGAGCGGUCGGCCGCGCGGAAGGCAAGAAGGCGGAGAUUGAAAGGGUUCAGGGGGACAAUGGGCGAACGAGGUACGCGGAGAACGGCCGAGCGGGGAACCGCGGGGACGACGGCGACGCGUGGGAGGGCUUUCACGGCAGCCGCGUCUUGGACCGCCGAGGCGCAACUGCGGAGAAUGCGGUAAUGCGCACCGGACAACCGCACGACUCCGCGACACCGGCGGCGCCCGCAGGUUGUACGAACCCUUCCGCCGUCGUCGCUUCCGCCGGGUGCGCGGACAGCCAGGGGAGAAAGAGCGCUAGGCAGAAGAGCCCGCAGCAGCGCUUGCGCCUUCGUCACUCCUCCCCGUUGGUUCCGCCCACCUCCGCCAGCAUCGGAAAACCCCCCGUCGCGCGCUCGAAAUCCCCCACCCCUGGAAUUUCCCCCAAUGCAAGACUCUCCCCCACCGCCCAAAACGUUUCCGCUUCUGGGGCGAGUUCCGCCAGUUCCGCCAGCUGUACUGACAGCAGCGGCGCAGCUUCCCCGGGGAGGGCAGGACCCCGUGUCAUCUCCGCUGUUCCCGCGUCUCUCUCAAGCUCUCCCGCGGCGCGGUUCGUGCAGCAAUCGCGGGCAAUGAUGAUGCUGCUGGAGCGACAAUGCGCUCUCGUCGUCGCCGUGAGUAGCGGCGCUGUUGCCGCGCUGGGCUGCUCCGCCGAUGAGCUGACGACAAGCGGAGCCACCAGCGGGGGAGGCGGCGGAAGCGGCGGAGGCGGAACGGGCGUGCGUGGGAGCUCCGGCGGAGAGAACGGAAUCGACAACGAGAAGGACGGCAAUGGCGGAAGGGCGCGAGAGGGGGAGACGAACGAGGAGCAGGAGGGGGAAGAAGCGGGGAAGGGGAGAGCUACUGGGGCGGCGGAAGGCGGGGGACCGAUGUCUCUUUUUGACUUGACGAGUGAUCUGACAAUGCGCAUGUGGCAUGAGGCCAUGGCGGAUGUGUUCGGGACGGCGGGAGGCGGGGGGAAGGCAGGCAUUGGCGCUGCUGUGCUACGGUUCCGCGUGCGCGACUUUGGAAAGGGCGGGCAUCUAGCAGGCGUGGCGGUGGAUCUAAUGGUGCAGCCAUGCCAGUUCGUGCCUGAGACGCGUGCUGUCAUCGCCACCAUCGCCAUCGUCAACAACCCCUCCGCUGCUGCCACCACUGCUUCCGCUGGUGCUUCGGCUGGCGCCCUGGCGCCAAGCUCGCUGCAUGUGAACGUGGAGGAUGGGGGGGAGCGAGAGGGGGGAGGCAGAGCAGGGCGGAGUGGCAGCAAGCCCAUGUCUAAGAAGCUCGUGAAUAAGAUCGCGGGGUUUCUCCGGCUCAAGGAUGACACUGCUGCUGAGGGUAGCGGGUCUGCUGGUGGUGGUGGUGUGUGUGGCGGCAUGACUUCCCCAUUGGGCUUCUCUGCCCCGCUGCAAUCGCCCAACGAUACAAGCAACCAGCAGCAGCAGCAGCAGCAGCAGCAAGGAUGGAGCAGCAACGUGCAGGCGGGCCCUGAAAGCCCUGCCAUGUCCCUCCGCAAGGUGUCCACAUUCCACGCGCUGCUGCCCCCCUCUGCCGCGCCCGGCUCCCUCCCUCCCCACCCUCCGUCCCUCUACUUACCCUUGCACCCGACCGCUCUCACGCCACCAGCCGCGGGUGGGACGCGCGGGGCAUGGGGCAGCAGCACCACCAUCAGCGGCGGCGGCAGCAGCAGCAGCAACAGGGGCGAGAAGGAGAGGGAGAGAAGAGGGGAGAGGGAGAGGGGUGGGUAUGUGUCAGAAGUGCUGACUCCUGGAAGGCGGCUUAUUCGAAAGGUUGGGUUUGGAGGCUCGGCCAGAGAUGGCAUUGCCUCCCCCAUCCGAGUUCGUUUAAAUGCCACUGCUGCCGCUGCUGGUGGUGGUGUUGGCAGUGGUGGUGGUGGUACGGUUGAUGCUGAAGGGUUUGGGUUUGAUGGUGCGGGUAGGAGCAGCAGCUUUAGCAGCAGCGGCAGUGGCAGCAAGAAGGGUGACUGGCUGGCCCAAGCUGCUGCUGUGGUGUCCAUUGGGCGACUGAGUGGGAGGCUGACAGGCGGAGACAAAGGUGGAAAGGGAAAAGGAGGGGGUGGAGGGGGAGGAGGGGGAGGAGCGGGAGGAGGAGGAGGAGGAGGAGGAGGAGGAGGAGGAGGAGGAGGAGGAGGAGGAGGAGGAGGAGGAGGAGGAGGAGGAGGAGGAGGAGGAGGAGGUGGAGGAGGAGGAGGGGAAGGAGGAGGAGGAAAAGGAGGAGGAAAAGAAAGGCCUGCUGGUGGAGCAGGAAGCAAUUCUGGUGAGUUGCAGUUAGGGGGGAUGGGUGGUGCCGCGUAUCGCAGCAGGAGUGGCGGGUUGAGUGAGAGGAGAGGGCUGGACGGGCGACUGGGGAAGCUGACACUGGCAGUGCAAGCGGGCCCGCAUCAGGUGCAGACUCCUGGGCGGUACUCACAUGGGAAAGGGAGCAUGGGUGCUGCCGGGGGAAUGGGAGCGGCAGCGUCAUUGGCAGCAGCGCAGUUCGUUUCUCCCCAGGGCAUUGCUGCUGGAGCAGGCGAGGCUGGGUCCACGUCCCUUUGCCUUGCCAAGCCCUCGCCAGGAAGCUCCGCUUCUCCAGCUGCUGCUGGCGGCACGGGCAUGGGUCACAGCGGCCGGAUGGCGCUGCUGAGCCCGAGAAGCGGCCUGCUUGCUCUCAAGGCGUUGCUCAGUCCCAGAGACCGCUCCCGGGCCCUCGGGGAGGCGCUUCCUCACAGCCAGGGCGCAGCAGUGCCAGGGGCAGCAGUUGGAGACGUUGGAGCUGGUGCAGCAGCUGCCAUGGCUACACGGGCAGGUGCACCGAGAGCGCGGUCUUUCUUCCCCAAGUCCUCCAGCCUCACUGGCCGCGUUCCCACCCACUCCACCUCGCCAAACCCCUCACCGUCCCCCCACCACCGCGUGCUGUCACAAGCAGUAGACGUGGAGAGGGACGCAGGAAGAGGCAGGGUGGGUGCGUACACCAUGGAAAGAGGAGGACGAGCAGGACUCAGCGGUGAUGCUGCUGCUGCUGCCGCUGGUGCCGCCAUGGAUCCCUCCUCCAGCUUUCAAAAGUGCCCCACUCUUCCCUCUAGCAUGCGUCCUGCUGCUACUGCUGCGGCGGCUGAUUCAGCAGGAAGUAGCGGUGGCAGCACUGCUGCUGCUGCUGCCACAGGGCCUGUCGUCCCUCUUGCCCUUCCACCAGCCGCGUUCCCCUCCUCCUCCUCAUCAUCCUCUGCUUUCGCCACCACCCCUCUCCACAACCCAAGCCCCUAUCCAUACACCCCAGCGCGCACCCCCACGGCCUCUCAGAGAGGACUCUCCCUCUCCUCGCCCCGCUUCCUCCGCUCGUUUACUGCAGACGCUUCAGAGCUUACAGAGGCUUCCCGAAGGAUGUGGGGGCGAGAGGCGCGGGGGGGCUGGGGCGGAAGGGAGGAGGAGAGUGGUGGGGACAGCGGGUGGGGGCAGCAGGAGGAGGCGUGGGAGGAGAACGAGGGGGAGUAUGGGGAAGGUGAUGGGGACUAUGAUGCAGAGUUAGGGCAGGAGGAGGAGUGGCAGGAGCGGCAGCGGCGGCGGCAGGUGCAGUGGCAGCAGGAGCAGGAGGAGGGGCAUAGGGACGGGAUGGCCCGCGGGCAGAGUGGGCAGCGAGGGCGGGGGGAGGAGAGGUGGAAGAGGAUUGGGUCAAGUGGGAAGAUUAGCAGCAGGUGGCUGGGGUGGGGGAAGAAGUUUGGUAGGGACGACGGGGAGAGAUCACGGCGAGGAGGGAGGGAGGGAUUGGGGAGGGGAGAUGUCGGGGGGGAGGGAGACACGGGGCAUGGUGGUGGGGUGUGGGGAUCAGGUGGUGCGGGAGGGGGUGGAGGGGGGAGGCGGAGCAGCGGCUUAGUGUUUGGUUUAGGAGCAGCAUUGGGAGGCGGAGCAAGCAGUAGGCGCGUGGUGGGUCGGUCCACGUCCAGUGGACCGGGCGGUAUGGUGGGCGCGGCAGGUGCAUCUGAGGAAGGCUUUAUCUGGGAGCGCACUGCCACUCUACACAUGAAAUCAUCUGCAGGGGACCUGGAGGGGUCAGGGGGAAGGGUGGUGGCGCAAGAGGCGCAUGGCAGGGCGGGUAGCUGGGGCAGCGGGGGGGAGUGGCGGAGGGAGCGGGAGCUUGGGGAGAGGGGCGCUGGGUGGGUGAUGGAAGGGAGUGGGUAUCGGCUGGUUGAUGGGGUGAAUGGGCGUGGGGAUGUGUGGGACGGGACGGGUGGGGGAGGAGGGGGUGUGUCUGUUAGUGGGGGGUGGGAAGGGGGAGGAGAGGCGGGUGGAGAGAGUGGGGGGAGAGGAGGGGUGUUUGGGUGGAAAACGGGGAGUGUGCGCGGGGGGAAGGGGAGAGGAGAGGGGUCGAGGACCCCGCCGAAUGGGUGGGUAGGGAGAGGAAAGGGAGGAGGAGGAGGAGGCGGGGGAGGGGGAGGGGGAGGAGGAUUGGUAGCGCCUCUGUCCAAAGCAAUAAAGGGGAAGGGGAAGGGGAAGGAGAAGGAGAAGGAGAAGGAGAAGGAGAAGGAGCUGAGUGAGAAGCAGAGGGAGAUACUGGCGAGUGAGCUGAUGUGGCUGGACUCGCAGAUGGUUCAGAUGGAACAGCAACUCAACCGCCUCAUCCUGCCCACCCAUGGGCAGCUGUUGCCGCCGCAUGAGCAAGCGCCAGGGCAUGGUCUGCUGGUGGAAGGUGUGGAGACAGCACAUGGGGAUGGUGGGGAGCAGGACGAGGAAGCGGGAGGCGAAGGGGAAGGGAUAGGGGAAGGAGAGGGAGGGUGCAUUGGGGAGGAGAUCAGGCCGAGACUCAGGCCUGGGCAUGGGCAUGGGCUGAGGAAACUGCCAGAGGGGGAUGGGAAGCAAGAGGGGGUUGGUGACAGGGUGCGUGGUGUGGGAACGGGAGGUGGGGUUGAAAUCAAGGGGCGAGGGGACGACGACGAGAGGAGCUUUGGGAGGGAUGGAGGUGGUAGUGAGAGGGGUGAUGACCUGGUUGGGGGGGGUGAGGGGGCUGAGGGGGUUGCACAAAGGGAGGAGGGGGAAAAGUGUGGAGAGGAAGAGGGUUAUUUAGAGAAUGAAGGUGAAAUGGAAGGGUCGUGGAGGGAAGGCGAAGAGGAGAGGGUGGAGGGCGAGGAGGGUGCUUGGAGUGUGGUGGAUUGUUGGGAUGAGGAGGAGAGGGAACGGGAGGAAGUGAGAGAGGAAGAGGAGGCGGGGGAUAAAAGGGAUGAGGGAAGGGAGGAUGGAAGGGAGGAUGAGGAAUGGUACUCUGAGCAAUGGAGUGAGGUGCCAGAUACAGGGGAUGGGAGUGAGCUUGAUGCGGUGGAAGAGGAUAGGAUGGAGCGAAACGAAGAGGAAGAGGUGGGAGGGGAGAGAGGAGAGGCGGGAGGAGGGGAGGGAGAGACGGGAGUGAAGGAGGAGGAGGAGGGAACGAGGAAGGAGAGAGUAAGUGAGGAGGAGGAGGAGGAGGUUGGGAACACAGGAGGGGGGGCAACUGAGAUGGAAGGUGCAGAGUUGAAGGGAAGUGGCGGUGCAGAGUUGGAGCAGCGUGCGGAAGAGGAAGGGGAUGGGGUGAAAGGAAACAAACGCAUGGGUUCAUGCGGGGAGGAAGGGGAGGGUGGUGCAGUGCUGUCUGAUAGGGGAGGAAGGGGAGGGCAAGGUGGAAGGGGGAAAGAGAUGUUGCUGCCAGGGAGCAUGCGAGGAGAGGAGCAGGAGGUACAAGAAGGGAGAGGCAUGGGGUUGCAUGCAGAUGCAGGUGAUAGCAGCAAUCCGUGUGAGAGCAGUGCUGAGGAUGAGGAGGGUCGGAAGCAACAUGCAGGUGUUAUGGCAGCCUCUUCCCCCAUCGCCAGCAGCACCACCACUGGUGCCGCCAGUGCUCUUAUUGACCACAAUCAUUCUCACCUGCUCUACGCCACCUCAUCCUCCUCCUCAUUCUCCUCCUCAUCCUCCUCAUUCUCCUCCUCUUCCUACAUUGUGCAAGGCACUUGUCACCCUCGAGUUUGCCCGACGUCCCUGGUUGCAUCUCCUGCCGCUGCCCCCUCUUGCCACAGCUCGGCACAAUGGGUCAGCCAUGUGUUGGAUCAUGCGAGUGUGGGCUUUGCCAUAGUGGACCCUUCCUCCUCGCGUCUCCUCACCUGCAACGACUCGUUCCCCUCCCUCCUCGCUGCACCCGCCUCACUCAUUGCGCCCGGCCUCUCGCUGCUCCUCGCCCUGCCACACCACCACAGAGCGCCUUUCCAGGCACCAAUGAGUGAGACUGCGCAUCCAGCACCACGCCCUCUCCACCUCCCUUCACUCUGCCGAUCACUCACAGUGGGAAGCAGUGUGGCGUAG